AUGAGCCUCUUUGCACGCGCACUUUCUCGUACUCGUACUCCACACCUUGUCCCGAUUAACCAGUCGAUCGCAAAGCGUUACUACAAGCUCAGUGUUCAGUCUAUCAAGAGAGGCCAGGUUGUUCAACUCAAAGACAAGGCGUGGCGUGUACUUAACCGCGAUAGUUCUUCUUCAGGGCGUGGAGGUGCCGUUGUCAAGAUCGAAAUGGAGGAUCUCAUGACCAAGGCCAAGAUCAACGAGCGAUUCAAGUCGGGCGAUUCGCUUGAGAUCUUGAACAUGCAAGAAGAGACUAUGCAAUAUCUUUAUUCUGAAGGCAACACCAUCCACUUGUUGAACCCGGAAACCUUUGAUCAGAUUGAAAUGUCCAUGAGUGCUUGCGAGGCUGGCGAGGAUGGUGCGGCCAUGUUGGAAGAUGGCAUGAACCUCACUGUCAGCUUUUUAACGACCCCUGAAGAAGGCCGAAAUCCCAUUACUUUCAAGCUACCCCAAAACCAUACCUAUACCGUGGAAUCAGUGGUUGAGCGUGCUGGUCAAGCUGCAAAGGGCACAGUGUAUAAGACGGCUACUCUUGCAAAUGGUGCAAAGCUCCAGGUACCUGAAUUUGUACAUGAAGGCGAUCGAGUUGUAGUGGAUAUUGCUGCAAGGAAGUAUGUCAAGCGUGAUCUUUAG